AUGCUAACUCUAUCCAAUCUGACACAGACACUGGAAUAUGUCUUCAAAAGGAUUUUUAUCACUUACAUGGACAACUGGCGCAGGAACACAACAGUUGAGCAAGAGGCCCUGCAAGCCAAGGUUGAUGCUGAGAACUUCUACUACGUCAUCUUGUACCUCAUGGUGAUGAUUGGAAUGUUCUCUUUCAUCAUUGUAGCCAUCCUGGUGAGCACAGUGAAAUCCAAGAGACGAGAGCACUCCAAUGACCCGUACCACCAGUACAUCGUGGAGGACUGGCAAGGGAAGUACAGAAGUCAAAUUGUGAACCUGGAAGAACCAAGGGCCACCAUCCAUGAGAACACAGGUGCAGCAGCGCUCACGAUGUCUCCUUGA